AUGUUUUCUUCCUUUAAUUUUUUUGUUUCUAUUUUCUUAUACAAACAAAAAUGGUAAUUAAAUUCAAAUAGGUUUUCUUCCUCAAUAGGAAACUCACCACUUUUAACGUAAACGAGUUCCUUUUUGCCAUUUGUGAACACCACCAAUCAUCAUCCAACACGUGUAUAUAUCAUUGUACAAUGUUUCACUCUCUCUGUCUUUAAGGUUGUUUGUUGAGUUCAGUUCAACACUCUUCAUCGUAUACUAAAUUUCUAAGGUUGCUAGAAUGUGGAAACCACGCGCUUUCUCUCUGCUUCUUCUUCUUCUUCUUCAGUUGUUACUGCUAGCUUCUGUUUCUGCUGCUAAAAGGAGUAAGAGAUCUCAAUGGAACACACUCACAGGAAGUCCACCAUUGGUCAUAGCACAUGGUGGAUUUUCAGGUCUAUUUCCCGAUUCCAGUGAGGAUGCCUAUACAUUGGCCGCAGAAACGAGUGUAGCAGAUGUCGCACUAUGGUGUGAUGUCCAAUUGACGAAAGAUGGAAUUGGGAUUUGCUUUCCAAAUAUCAACCUUGAAAACUCUUCUGACAUUGCAAGUAUUUUCCCAAAUCAAAGUGUGAGUUACUUAGUUAAUGGUGUACCUACCAGCGGCUAUUUUUCUGUGGAUUACACCUCAAAGGACUUAUCCACCGUCACUUUAUCUCAGGGAGUAUACUCUCGGUCACCCCUCUUCCAUGGCACUGCUUAUGUAAUUCAUACUGUCGAAGAUGUACCCAAAAUCGUGGCCCCACAAACACCUGGUUUGUGGUUGAAUAUUCAGCAUGAUGCUUUCUACACGCAACACAAUUUAAGCAUGAGAAAUUAUGUACUCUCAGUUUCUAGAAAAGUGCAUGUCAAUUAUAUCUCAUCACCCGAGGUUGGUUUUCUGAGAAGUAUUACAACACAUUUCGACCCAAAAAUAACAAAACUAGUCCUCAGGUUUCUCAAUCCGGAUGACACAGACCCAUCAACCAAUCAGACUUAUAGUUCAUUACUUAAAAAUCUUACGUUUAUCAAGACUUUUGCUUCUGGAAUUAUUGUUCCAAAGGGUUACAUAUGGCCUAUAGAUGGUAGUCUUUAUCUACAACCACAUACCUCUUUGGUCUCCGAUGCACAUAAAGCGGGGCUGGAAGUAUAUGCAUCAGAUUUUGCAAAUGAUGUUAUAUCUAGCUAUAAUUAUAGUUAUGAUCCUCUUACUGAGUACCUCCAAUUCAUUGAUAACGGCGACUUCUCCGUUGAUGGUCUGCUGACUGAUUUUCCCAUAACUCCAUCUGCAGCUAUAGAUUGCUUUGCUCACCAAGGCACGAAUGCUACAAGAAGAGAUAAAACUUUGGUUAUCUCACAAUAUGGAGCAAGUGGAGAUUAUCCAGCUUGUACCAACUUAGCAUAUAACAAGGCCAUAACAGAUGGUGUGGAUGUUCUUGACUGUCCUGUUCAAAUGUCAAAGGAUGGAAUGCCCUUUUGCUUAAGCUCGACUGAUCUUCUAGAGAGUACCACAGUUGCUCAAACAAGCUUCAGAAACUUUGCCAUGCGUAUCCCUGAGAUAAAAUCAAACCCUGGCAUAUUUUCGUUCAACUUAACAUGGACUGAUAUAAAAGGCCUUACGCCCUUAACAAUGAACCCUUUUGCUGUAAAUUACACAUUGUUCAGGAAUCCAAAAUAUAAGAACGCUGGGAAUUUUGUAACCUUAUCAGAUUUCUUGUCGUUGACAAGAAAUCAGACUUCUCUAUCAGGCAUCCUGAUCAUUGUUGAGAAUGCAGCCUACCUCGCAAAAAAUCAGGGAUUAGGUGUGAUUGAUGCCGUCAUUGAUGCUUUGAGCAAAGCAGGUUAUGAUAAACCGGGAAGCCAAAAAGUUUAUAUUCAAUCCACUAACAGCUCUGUAUUGUUGAAGUUCAAGGAAAAAACUGAUUAUGAGCUUGUGUACAAGAUUGACGAGGUUGUCGAUGAUGCUUCCAAUGCAGCUAUUGAGGAUAUAAAAAACUUCGCCAGUUCUGUGGUUAUCAACAAGGAGUCUGUAUUUCCCCGUAACAAUGGCUACCUGACGAGCAAUACAACAAGGAUUAUGCCAAAGCUAAAAGCUUCUAACCUCUCGAUUUUUGUAGAAACGUUCAGCAAUGAGUUUGUAUCUCAAGCAUGGGAUUUCUACUCAGAUUCAACUGUGGAGAUCAACUCAUUUAUUCAAGGAGCCGAAAUUGACGGGAUCAUUACAGACUUCCCUAAAACGGCUAGUAGAUACACAAGAAAUAAAUGCUUAAACUUGGAUGACAAGACACCUCCUUACAUGCAACCUGUUGAAGCAGGUGCUCUUUAUGGACUCAUCGACAAGCCGUCAUUGCCCCCCGCUAUGGCUCCAUACCCUCCCUUGACAGAUUCUGAAGUGAUAGAGCCACCAUUGCCUCCUGUUGCUAAAAUGACCCCGCCUAGCCCUGCUCCCGGAACCGAGUCGCCACCUGGAAAUGCACAGCCUAAGGUUACUGUCUGCUUAUUGUCUAAUGUGGCUUUGUUUGUAACUUCUCUUCUUUUGCUUUGAGUGAAUAUAAAAGAGAGACAGAUUGCGAGAUAGAAGAGUAGGUAGCAUUUUUUAUUUUGAAAAAGUUUGAGUCUGAAAUGGUAUUAAGGACUCAUGAUAUUCAAAUUAUUCGCGACGCAUGGUGUGUAAAGGUUUCCCACCUAGAACUUGCCUUUAUUAUUAAGUAUUCUUAAAAA